AUGCCGACGCCCUCGCCAAUCUUGGCUCGGCACUCCCAUGUUCCUCCCAGUCAUCCACCUCUCUUAUUCAUGCAGUGGCCAGCCAAUUGGAAGGAACAACUACCGAACAAGCCUCCCGCAGAAGCCAUGGGCAUUGAACAAGCCGACUGCUGGAUGACUCCGGUAGUAAGGUACCUGGAAAAUGAUGAACUCCCGACUGACAAGAAUGAAGUACGCCGACUGAAAGCAAGAGCCGCCAGAUUCACCAUACAUGAGAGCCAACUCUUCAGAAAGUCAUUCUCAGGCCCUUAUCUCAAAUGCGUAAGCCCAAAAGAAGCCCAAAGCGUUCUAGCCGAACUCCAUGAAGGCGAAUAUGGGAACCACGCAAGGGGCCGCAGUCUUGCACAUCGGGUGAUCACCGCUGGAUAUUACUGGCCGAACAUAUGCACUGAUUCAACCGCUUAUGUAAAGACAGCUGUCAGAGGUUUGCCCAUGUCUCACACCUCCCACCAGAGCGACUACACUUCAUCCUCACACCUUGGCCAUUCAUGA